AGGAACAGUCAGCAUGCAUCGCUCCGCCCUCAGCCUGCAACCGAGACGAAGCCUUCGCCUCUCCCGUUACUUCUGACACCGUGAAUAUGUGUUGUGACACCGCCGCCAGUCUUUCGCCUCAGCGGGGACGCAGUGAAGAGGAGAGAUUAGCCAGAUGAAAAGUUAUUUAGUCAGCCGUCAAAUUGUAAACAAAAUGGCGAGUCGGUCGAGGAUGUAAUAGCUUCAUGGCAAGCUAGCUGUACCUUCUGAAUGGUAUGAAGUCCAGAAACUGUUCUUAUAUCACUGUAACGUUGCGAGCUGGGAAGUGGAGAACACCCCGACGGUCGCUAUGUCCUUGGAUAUGAUACAUGGAUCUUCUAAUGCCUAUUUCCUAAAGGAACUAUGAGUGUCCCGGACCGUUAUGAGGACUGCUGGCUACAGUGUUACCUUUCAUACGAACUGUGCAACUUCUUCCGUCGCGCUGGACACUGCAACUGAAGAGGGCUCUUGCCAAACGGGCGCUCCAGAAAAGUUGAUAUGUGUUUUGGAUGCAGAGCCAAUGUGCUCAUGAAUCUCUUCAUGUUGCGUUAAACUGGUGUAUUUCAGGGAUGCUUCUCGUGCAUUCAGAGAAAAGAGAAGCUGUUGCCCUCAGGUAUCGCUUCUCAAUUUGGCAGUGCACUUGGUUGGUGUGAUAAUCAUGUAUGGGACUCAUUAUAUGGGCUAUAUCCUCAUACGCAUCUAAGGAACUUUGCAUUGCGCAUUCUUUGAUCUUUCUAGAACUGCAACCUACUCUAACUGUUUCUGCCAUGGCGCUCAGGUCAAGGAGACUUUGGAUGAGCGUAAUUGUUGGGGUCUUUCUUGGAUUUAUGGCUACGUCUUGGCUCAUUGUCCCGAGGAUGAUGGAGAUAAGCGGGAAGAGGAGGCGGUCGGCCGUGUGUUCAUACUACAGCAAUUCGGUGAACGUGGCCAAAGUUCCCGAAGUGCACGGCAGCACCGCAACGAGCAAUGCGUGGCGCAAAGAGCCGGAGAGCCCCCUGUCCAGCCAGGAGGGCAGCGAGGAGGAGGAGGAGAGUGUGUACCGGACAGGGAAUGGGAGCGGGGAUGGAGGAGGACCUAUAGCCAGACCCAAGCAUUUCCUCUACGUGGGUGUCAUGACAGCCAAAAAAUACCUUGAUUCACGAGCAGUGGCCGCGUAUAGGACGUGGAGCCAUUCCAUUCCAGGGAAGGUGGAGUUUUUCUCCAGCGAAGGCUCGGAAGCGGUGCCGCUGCCAAGUCCUGUGCCCGUGGUGUCUUUGGCUGGCGUGGACGACUCGUACCCUCCCCAAAAGAAAUCUUUCAUGAUGCUCAAAUACAUGCACGACCACUACCUGGAUAAAUACGAGUGGUUCAUGAGGGCAGAUGACGAUGUCUACAUCAGAGGAGAGAAGCUGGAGUCCUUCCUGCGCUCCCUGAACAGCAGCAAGCCGCUGUACCUGGGCCAGGCCGGGCUGGGCACCAAGGAGGAGCAGGGGAAGCUGGCGCUGGAGCCGGGGGAGAACUUCUGCAUGGGCGGGCCGGGCAUGAUCUUCAGCCGGGAGGUGCUGCGCCGGAUGGUGCCCCACAUCCGCACCUGCCUGCAGGAGAUGUACACCACCCACGAGGACGUGGAGGUGGGCCGCUGCGUCCGCCGUUUCGGCGGCACCCAGUGCGUCUGGGCCUACGAGACGCAGCAGCUGUUCUACGAGAACUACGAGCACAGGAAAGGCUACAUUCAGGACCUGCACAACAGCAAGAUCCACAACGCCAUCACGCUGCACCCCAACAAGCACCCGGCCUACCAGUACCGUCUGCACAGCUACAUGCUGAGCCGGCAGAUCUCCCAGCUGCGCUACCGCACCAUCCAGCUGCACCGCGAGGGCGUGACCAUGAGCAGGCUGGGCAACACCGAGGUGCAGUGGGAGGACCAGCAGCUGGGGGCGCCACCCUCCUACACCCGCUACCAGCCCGUGGAGCGCAGCGGCGUCAUCGAGUGGGACUUCCUGACCGGGCGACACCUGUACAGCACGGGGGAGAAGCAGGUGGCGCGGCAAGGGUUGGGUAGCCUGCUGCGCACAGCCCUGGAGGACACCGUCAUGCAGGUGAUGGAGAUGAUCAACGAGAACUCGAAGGCGCGCGGCCGGAUGAUCGACUUCAAGGAGAUCCAGUAUGGCUACCGGCGCGUGGACCCUCUACACGGGGCCGAGUACAUUCUGGACCUGCUGCUGCUCUACAAGAAGCACAAGGGACGCAAGGUGACGGUGCCAGUGAGGCGGCACGCCUACCUGCAGCAGUCCUUUAGCCGUCCCUUCUUCAGCGAGGCCGAGGAGCUGGACGUGGCGGAGCUGGUGGACGCCAUCAACACCGAGUCGCAGUCCUUCUCCUUCCUCUCCAACUCGCUCAAGAUCUUCGCGCCCUUCCAGCUGCCCGACGCCACCAAGGAGAUGCGCGAGCGGAGCCAGCGCAAGGUCCACAUCCUGGUGCCCCUGACGGGACGCUACGACACCUUCGUGCGCUUCAUGGACAACUUCGAGCGCACGUGCCUGCUGCCCAACCAGAACGUCAAGCUGACCGUGAUCCUCAUGGACGACGACAGCAACCAGGACCGCGAGAGGCAGCUGGACCUCAUCAAGGACUUCCACAGCAAGUACCCCAAGGGGGACAUCUCGGUCAUCCCCAUGACGGGCGAGUUCUCCCGGGGCCUGGCGCUGGAGCUGGGCUCCUCGCUGCUCGGCAACAGCAGCCUGCUCUUCUUCUGCGACGUGGACCUGGUCUUCAACGGCGACGCGCUGCAGCGCUGCCGCGACAACGCCGUGCUGGGCUCCCAGGCCUACUUCCCGGUGGUGUUCAGCCAGUACGACCCCAAGAUCGUCUACCAGGGCAGCAGCCCGCCCGAGGACAGCAGCUUCGUGCUCACCAAGAAGAGCGGCUUCUGGCGGGACUACGGCUUCGGCAUCGCCUGCAUCUUCAAGGGCGACAUGCAGCGCGCCGGCGGCUUCGACACCUCCAUCCAGGGCUGGGGCCUGGAGGACGUGGACCUCUUCUCCAAGGUCAUCAACUCGGGCCUGCGGGCCUUCCGCAGCCAGGAGCCGGGCAUCGUGCACGUGUACCACCCGGUGCACUGCGACGCCAACCUGGAGCCCAAGCAGUACAAGAUGUGCCUGGGCUCCAAGGCCAGCACCUACGCCUCCACCAUGCAGCUGGCCGAGCUGUGGCUGGAGAAGCACCUGGGCGUGGGCUACGGCAACAGGACUACGUCCUCGUCCACGUCGUGAUGAUAUAUACUGUAGUAGCCCUCACGAUAUAUAUAUAGUCUCAAGACUCAGACUCAGAGGAUCAGAGGCUCAGAGGCUCAGACUCUCCAUCACUGUCGUAAUGUAAAAGAGUUUACCUCAAU